AUGAAUAAGACCGCGGUAGUAUACUCAAAGCACAAGCGAUCUCCUCCAGACAACCUUUGUUCGUUUCAGAGCUGCAAUCAAGUGAAGGAGGGGGUUCUGAAUGUCCACAUAGUGCCGCACACACACGACGACGUCGGCUGGCUGAAGACCGUCGACCAGUAUUAUUAUGGGAGUCGCAACAACAUCCAGAAGGCCGGUGUCCAGUACAUCCUGGACUCCGUGGUGAAGGAACUCUGGGAGGACCCGAAACGAAGGUUUAUCUACGUAGAGACAGCAUUCUUCUGGAAAUGGUGGAACAAACAGAACGAUGCGACGCAGCAGAAGGUUAAGACCCUGGUGAAGGAAGGCCGCCUGCAGUUCAUCGGCGGUGCGUGGAGCAUGAACGAUGAAGCGACUACACAUUAUCAGAGCACUAUUGACCAGUUCACUUGGGGGUUGAGAAAACUCAAAGACACAUUCGGCCAAUGCGGCAUACCCACCGUAGGCUGGCAGAUCGACCCAUUCGGCCACUCGCGUGAAUUCGCCUCCCUGCUGGCGGGCAUGGGGUUCCAGGGGCUGUUCCUCGGAAGAAUAGAUUAUCAGGACAAGGGGGCAAGGUUGAGGGAUAGGAGGAUGGAGAUGCUGUGGCGGGGGGAUGACGAUUUGGGCGAAAAAUCCGACAUAUUCACCGGCGUCCUAUACAACACGUACUCGCCGCCGCCCGGGUUCUGCUUCGACGUGCUGUGCGGCGACGAGCCCGUCGUCGACGACGUCGCCAGCCCCGCGCACAAUGUCGACAGACGGGUAUCCGCCCUCCUCCAGUACAUCAACGCAGAGGCUAGCCACUACCGCUCCGGCCAUAUCGUCCUGACCAUGGGCGGGGACUUCACGUAUCAAGAUGCCGGGAUGUGGUACACCAACUUGGACAAGCUUAUUGAACACACAAACCGAGUGGCGGAGGGUAAAGUGCACUUGUUCUAUUCCACACCAAACUGCUACUUGAAGGCUGUGCAUGAUGCGAACCCGACUUUGCCCACCAAACGAGACGACUUCUUCCCGUACGCUAGCGACCCCAACUCGUUCUGGACCGGCUACUUCACGUCCAAGCCCACCAUCAAGCUGUACGAGCGCGAGGGGAAUAACGUGCUGCAGAUGGUGAAGCAAUUGCAAGUGUUAGCGCAACUGGAUUCAAAGAACAUGGAUGCUAUCGAUGAACUUAAGAGCACUAUGGGAGUGAUGCAGCACCACGACGCGGUGACGGGCACGGAGAAGGCCCACGUGGCUCACGACUACGAGCGCAUGCUGUCAGCCGCGGUCGCCGGCGCCGUGGAAGUUACUGCCGAGGCUGUCAACAAGCUGAUGUCCAACAACGGUACAGUUGACUUCAAGUGGCACCGUUGCAUGCUCAACGAGUCCUCCUGCCACGUCUCCGAGCACUCUCAGCGAUUUAUGGUGUCAAUCUACAACCCCUUGGCGUGGAAGUUGGAUGCUAUUCCAGUUAGGAUACCCGUCACAGAGCAGAAAUACAGAGUCACUGCGCCUAAUGGUGACUACAUUGAAACGCAACUGGUACCAAUACCGAAAGAGGUCAUUGAAAUACCAACAAGAAAAUCCACAGCGACCCAUGAAUUAGUCUUUGUAGCAAUCAAAGUCAAACCUCUAGGAUAUAAGAACUUCUUUGUAGAAGUAGAACCAAAUACAGUGAAAAGAGAAAAGAGAAGUGUCAAUAGAGAGACAAAAGAUGAUAAAAGAAAGAUGGACUUCUACGAAAGCGUCAACGAUUAUUGGAAAAAUGUGAGGGAGCAGAGUUUUGUUAAUAUUGAAACUAUAGAUGCAAUGGAUAAAAAGGAUGUAGAAAGACCGGUCAAGUUGAAUCAAGAUACAGGAUUUGACGACGAAGACGAAAAGGAAGCUAAAUUUGAAAAUACAGAAAAAGUGUUUGUGAAUACUGAUAAUGAUAAAUAUUUAGACCCUACGCUGGAUAUCUUGAAGGAUAAUAAGGAAGAUGAAGCGAACGUCAACAUAGCAGAGCUUCAAAAGCUAAUAAAAGAGAGUCGAAUAGUGAAACAGAUGAAGCACAAGCCAGCAGUGAAGCCAGUCGUGAACCUUCCGCCGCUCAGCGAAGAUGAGAUGAGGAUGCUGUCGGAUGAUCCCAUGAUCGUGCAGGUGUACCCUGAGGCUGAGGAGGUUGUCAUGAGGGAUCAGGCAUCGAACGCUUCAUUCAACGUCGAGAACCCUGCCAUCUACAUACCGCAUCCGAGUGGAGGAUUCAUGUCUGUAUCCUUCGACAUGGCGUUCUACCGCGCCGCUAUUGGCGACAACCGGGCCCCCUCAAGGAGAAGUUCUGGCGCCUACAUCUUUCGUCCUAAUGUCACCAAACCCUUUAUCUACGAUAAGAAAUGCACCUCCAUCUCUGGUUCUAUCGUCAAUGAACUACGUUGUGUCUUCACAGAAUAUGUUUCUUUGAGUGUCAGAAGCUAUGUGCAUCCUUUAUUGGUGAAUUGGGUCGAAAUAGAUUGGGUUAUCGGGUCGAUUCCAAUUGAGGAUAAUAUUGGGAAAGAAAUUGUAGCUAUGUAUAACAGUAAUAUGAUUAAUAAUGGCGAAUUCUACACGGACUCCAAUGGAAGGCAAAUGCUGAAACGAAAGCUGAACUACAGACCGCAAUGGAACCUUACACUGGAUGAGCCGAUUGCCGGCAAUUACUAUCCGGUGACCAACAAAAUCAGCAUAGAAGAUGACAAAUAUAGAUUUUCAGUAUUGACUGACAGAUCUGAAGGUGGUGCGUCAUUGACUGAAGGGCAAAUAGAACUGAUGUUACACAGAAGACUGUUAGAAGAUGACGCUUUCGGAGUUAACGAAGCUUUGAAUGAAACUGCCAAUGACCAGGGUCUUAACGUUAGAGGGAACCACUGGCUAGUCUUAUCUGAUCUCAAAAAUAAGGAUAGUCUAAUCUACGAAAGAAAGAAGCUUCUGGAACACCAUUUAAGACCACAGAUGAUCUUUGCAGACACACAGAUUAGCAAGGAGGAUUAUUUGAAGUUGAAAAACUGUCAUGGCGGAGUGAAAUACUCGUUGCCGAUCGGACUCCAUCUGUUGACUCUGGAACCGUGGAACGAUAAGCAAGUUUUAAUCCGAUUGGAGAAUUAUUUAGAGAAGUCGGACGGCAAAGAAAGCAUACAGUUUGACAUUAAGAAGCUUUUCGAAAACGUCAGUUUGACAGCUGUCAAAGAGGUUAUGUUGGCGGCAAAUCAAAAUGUUGGUAAGGAGAGAAUGAGAUGGAAUAUUGAAACGCCUUUUGAAGAUGAAGAGAGGAGCGAAUCUAGGGAAACGACAGGUUUUGAAGUGAUAUUACAAGCUAAAGAAAUCAAAACGUUUAUUGUUGUUAUUGAAUAAAACAUAUCGUUACAAUAAUGAGAAGAUGUUUUAGUUAUGAAUUUUAUUAAAACAAUCUAUCAUUAUACAGAUUUAAAAACAUCCUAAAGAGGUGUAAAUAAUAAUGUAUAAAAAUAAAAUAACUUAGUUGUAAUCACUGA